AUGGGAUGUUUAGGUAGUCGUCUUUUGAAUGAUGAAAAGGCGUCAUCUGAUAAUUUGUAUAUGUUAUUGGAUUAAUUAGCAGAGGGAUAGUUUGUUGAUACUAUUAUCAUCUACACAUCUGUUUAUAAUUAUUGUUACAUCAAGUAGAGAAAGGAAUGGAUAUUAUAGAAAAAGAGAAUUAUAAAGAGUGUAGAUAAAUGGAUGAAAAGUAAUUUAGAAUCUAGAAAUUAUAUACAUUCAUUCUUGGAUUCACAUCCAGAAUCUAUAAUUUUGUUGAGACCUCUUAGAAAUUUUAAACCUGCUAUUACUUAAGCUACUAUACAUACAGCUUUAAUGAAAAAUGAUUUCUUUCCCCAAUAGAUAUUUGUGAAAUUUGUGGAUGUCAAAUAAUCAUAAUUAAUCAAUUUUAGCAAUAAUGGAAAAUACACUUUUUUUUUGCAAUUGUAAUUGUAUAAGUUGCAAAGUCUUAAACAAUUCUAUAAAUUCUAAUAAAUCUACACUAUUAAGAUAUCUAAAAUAUUUAAAUUUGCUCAAUUUGAAUUUUAUGGUUUAAUAGAUUGGACUUCAACACACAAAUAUGCAGAUUUAUUAAAAUUUAUAAAUAAAUAUGGAUGGCAUAUAAAAUUCAUAGAUAUAAGCGAAAAUGUAUCUGAACAUCAUUAAUGUAUUAUACUAUAUUACAAAUUAUAGAUUUCAAUUCUAACCAAGUAUUUCAUAUUGAAGAAUAAACUAAAGAAGAUCUAUUCAUUAUUAUUGAUCCAUAAGGUAAAGUAAUCAGAGCAGAAACACCUGAAUUUUAUGUAUCCAAAAAACCAGAUUAAAUUUGUGAAGAAUUUGAUGAUAUUAGUUCAUAAAAAUCUAAAGCAAUUAAAUAUGAGAAGAAAUUACUUAAAGAAUUACAUAUCCAUUAUUCAUCAUAUAUCAGUAAGAAUAAACCAUAAACUCCUAAACCUACAUUAACAAAAUAUCAAAUAAUGCAAUAACAAAUAUUUUAAUCAAGUGAGACAAUCAGUUAUGUACAAUACAAAGAUUUUAAAUAAUUGUUUAAGAGUGCCCGUUUUCCUUAGAUAUUAUCUAAAUAUCAUCCAGGUGAACCAUUUCAGUUUGAAUUAAUUAAAUAGAUCUAUUUUAAUUAUGAUUUUGAUGAACAUAAAUUCAAAGAAAUUACAAAAACAUAUUUGUUACCUUCAAUAUAUCCUGCAGCUUCUAUUUAAAAAUAGAAAAUACUUACAGAAACUUGUAGAGAAUUAAAAGAAUCUAUUGGAUUAAAAUGGAAAGUAUUGUUCUUGCAUUAUAUUAGGACCCUGAUUUAAAUAUAUAUUCUAUUCCACAUAUAUAUACUUACAGUAAAAUUGAUUUAAUGGAUUUCCUUUAAGAUUUCACUUAAUAAUUCCAUUUUAAAUUGAAAUUAUUCUUAAUUAAAAGAAGGACUAUAGAAUGGUAGACAGAUAAUAAAAGUGAUAAUAAAAUAAUGAGAAUUCGUAAUUAAGAUAAAAUUGAAUGGACUAAUUAAAUGAGAGAUUCAUUUGUUUUUUUGGAUAUGUAUGAAUUACAUAAUAAAUCUAUUGUAAUAAAGAAUUUAGAUGAAUUAAAUAAAUGUAAAAAUAUAUUGAAUAACUUAACACUCAAGGAAAUAAAACAAUAAAAUGCAAUAAAAAUGUAAGAAGUAAAACAAUAGAAUUAAAUAUAUUAAUUUUAUUAAAUUAAGGAUAAAGACUGA